GGCUCAGCUCGGCUCAGCUCGGCUAGACCCCUCCUUCCUUGAAGCCACACCCACCCCCUUCUAAUCCUUGCGCCCGGCCCCGAUCUGUUCCGCUUAACCCUAAGCUCUCCCUAUCGCUCCUCCCCUGCUCUGGUGCGGCCUCCUGGUUCGCGCGUUGCAUGGGGAUCGUAGGCACUGUUCCUUUUGCUGCGCUCGCCCGCAUUGUUUCUUAGAUCUUUGCAUACGCGAGGCGCGUUUUGGGUUUGGUUGGGUGUCGGGUGGUUGUUUCUACGGUAGGUAGGGCGGGUGAUCUGGCGGAUCAGGGCGGGCUGCCGGUCAUGGACUCCGAUCAGGGCAAGCUCUUCAUCGGUGGCAUAUCGUGGGAGACCACGGAGGAGAAGCUGCGCGAUUAUUUUAAGAGCUAUGGCGAGGUGGUCGAGACCGUGAUCAUGAAGGACCGCGCGACGGGGCGCGCGCGGGGCUUCGGGUUUGUGAUCUUCGCGGACCCGAGCGUGGCCGAUCGGGUGGCGGGCGAGAAGCACACCAUCGACGGAAGAACGGUGGAAGCGAAAAAAGCUGUGCCGAGAGACGAACAGCAGAAUAUGCCUAGGAGCAACAGCGUGGGUGGCCAAGGGCCAGCAACAUCCCACACUAGGACAAAGAAGAUAUUUGUGGGGGGCCUAGCCUCAACAGUUACAGAAGAUGACUUCAAAAAGUAUUUCGAGCAGUUUGGUACUAUUACAGAUGUGGUUGUUAUGUAUGACCACAAUACUCAAAGGCCUCGGGGCUUUGGCUUCAUCACUUUUGAUUCUGAGGAUGCAGUUGAGAACGUGAUCCAAAAGUCGUUCCACGAGCUCAACGAGAAGAUGGUGGAGGUGAAGAAGGCCAUUCCGAAGGAGCUGUCGGGAGGGUCGGGUCGAGCUGCCGCGGGAUUCGGCGGAGGAGGUCGCGGCGGGGGCAUCUACGGAUCGGGGUACAGCCAGGGAGGAUACGGCGGUGGGAGUCCAGGAGGAGAGAGUGGGUACGGCGGUGGGAGCCCGGGAGGAGGGAGUGGGUACGGCGGGCGAGGCGGGUAUCCGGGGUACGGGGCUGCAGGUUACGGAGGUGCGGGAUUCGGGAGCAGCGGUGGACAUGGCGCGGGGAUGAACGGGGGCUACGGGGGCAGCGCGUAUGGCAGCAGCGGUGGGUACGGGAGUGGCGCGGGGGGUUACGGGAGUGCAGGAUACGGGAACGCUCCGGGCGCAGGAGGUUACGGCAGCGCUGCGGGAUAUGGCAGCGGAGGCGUGGGCAGCGCAGGGUAUGGGAGAAGCGCGUGGGGCAGCGGAGGUGGUGGGUACGGGACGGGAUCGGGCUCGACUGGGUACGGGGGCAGCGGGACGGGGAGCAUGAGCGGGUACGGCAAUGCAGGAUGGGGGACGACGGGGACGGGGGCAGGGGCCGCAGUGAGUUCGGGUUACGGAAGUGCGGGGUAUGGUUACGGAAGCAGCGACGCAGGCUACGGAUCGACGGGUGGGUAUGGCGGUCGAGGUAGCGGGUACGGGUCGAGCGCAGGAGGUUACGGGACGGCGGGUGCAGGGGCGGGAAGCGGGAGCUACGGUGGGGGUUACGGAGAUGCAUAUUCGGGAUACGCCGACAACACGUGGAGGUCGUCGGGGACAGAUUCAUACAGUUCGGGAGGCACGGGGUCCGUGGGAGGAGGGACGGGAGGUGGAUUCGGCGUGGGCGGAGGCGCUAGCGCGGACGGAGCAGUAAACGUGGCGUCAGGCUACGGGGGAGGAUACGGUGUGGCAGGCAGACAGACACAGCGAGGUCCUGAUGCCAGAUUCAGGCCCUACCCUGCCGCUGGUGACCGCACUGGCUAGUCACUGCAUUUGGUUGCGUACGAGGCUUAGGCAGCAUAUGUUGAUAAGGUGUAUCGACCUAGAUGUCAUGUAAGGGAGGCAGGGUUUUGGCUGCAUUACGAUCAUCCGAAAAGAUGGAGCGCAGGCGGCGUUGAGCCAAAUGUGGGGUUGGUUGGCAAUGGAGUGGCCUGUCAGUAGUUGUAGUGUAGGACGAAUUGGUAGGAGAGGACAGAGCACUAAAUUUAGCUACAGCAGCAUUUAAUACGACCUGGUCUUUCCUUUUCUUUUCUUUCCUUAUUUUUUUUCUGUUUUUAUCGUCCUCUUUUAUUCUUUUGUCAAAAAGGGAAUCGUUGUAUUUUCGUAGUUUGUUAAAAAUCUCAGUGUUGUCUGAUAGCACUCGAUUUUUUCAGAACUCUUGUUGUUUAGUAAAAGUAGCGGACUACAGGGUUAAGGUAUGCAUCAUCACCAGAGAUACGGUAAUCGGUAGAUUCUGAACAUAUUUAGGGCCGAGGUGGUGCUAUCCUCUUAUUUAUUUGAGAGUACAUUUUGGCGUCCAGACAAUUGUGCAGCUUUGUUCUUGUUGUGUUGACGUAUGAUUGGUACUGUGUGAAGCGUUUGUGAGUCCGAAAUGUACGGGACUGUUUUGGAGUGUGGGCGUACUGAUUGGAGGUUCUGUCUUGUUCUUUGGUUUUUUACUUUUUUCUUUUGUAAAUAUUUUGGGUGUAGGCAUUGUAGUAUAGUGCAUUUUGUACUAGUCUUUAAUUACAGUCUAGUUUUAGUAUUUCCGCAUAAGUUUUGAUGUGAUGGUUAAGGUACAUUUUGUCUUAUGCGGUCAUUUUCGCGUCUCUUCCUUCCUAACUUGCAGGGGAUGUCGAAGUUCGCAUUUUAUUUAUGUCUAGAAGCUUGGGGAACAGGUGUUUGUGGACUUGAACUUGAAGAUGAGUUCGUUUAGGAAUCGGCCUUUGAGCAUUUCCUUUUAGGAGCAUUUCGAAGUUAUGGAGUUGCAUGUGUUUUUCGUGAAUAUGUGGAGAAGCUUCAAUGUCUUAAGUUUCCAUUCACUUGCCUUGAUUCUGCCAUUAAGAUUGUAGUGCUGUAAUGAAUUUACUAUAUUAUAAGAAAAAGUUCCGCCAUUUUACUCCCGGCGACUGAUUUUGUUGAGUAAUGUGCAGUGAUCUCAUAGUUUCUGCGUCUUUUCUGAGCAUCGAUUUCUCUUGGGAGCAAGCGUGGUUCGAACUUCUCUGGUAUUUCCGAUUCUUUAAGUAGGAGUAGGUGGAAGCUGAUUCUGACCAAUACAUCAAGUGCUUUCGUUUUGCAAUUUGAGACGUUCUCGAAACUCAUUGAAAGUUCGAAUGUAAUGAGGACGAAAGUUUAGUAGUCAGAGAAGAUGGAGAAAGCUCUUUCAUCCACAUUUUGUUAAUGUAAUGGUUGGCCACUGGCCAAAAAAGUGCAGGGAAUACACUCAUCAUACAAAUGAGGGGUACCUUACACUUAAAACUUCAGCCUUUAUCAACUGAGAGCUUGCCUUCAAGAAAAUGCUUUUACUACUGAUUCGCAUCUUGAAGUGCAACAUCUUGGCAAGAAAAUGUAGACGAAAUUUGGGGUUAAGUUCUGCGUCAUGACCUACUUUGUAAUAUAUAGGUAAGACCUACACUAGUUCAAAGAACUGUGCAAUAGAUGUUUCAUGCUUUAAUAUUCUGUACUUAGACACAGAGUUGGGUGGAACAUGUAAAUCUUAUUAGGUCUCUUUCUUCGCAAGAGCGUCUGCCACCAUGCUCAAAAACCUCGUGCGAGGCACUGUUCAUCUCAUUUGAAAUCUAGAGAUACUUGUGCAUCUUUGAAGAUGUUCAAUAUAGAAAUUCUAACUUUUGAAAAUGUCAAAUUUCAUAAGGAGCAGUUGUUAGAGCUCCUAAAUCAAUAUAGCAUCUGAUGUACAAAAUUUUGUACUGUA